UGUAGCCACGUCGAGUGUCAUAUUUUGCCUAAGCUGAGCAAAUGCUGAGGCAGCACUUUUCUUCCCUCUUGCAGCUUCCAAUUAAUUUCCAAUUUUGUUUUAAUCAGGAUGAACAAAAGACUCUUUGUUGCAGUACCCCAGUAGACUGGUAACAGGCAAGGAAAAUAGCAACGAUCUUUAAGAAUGCUGCUGAGCAAGGUCAGCCAGGUUAAGAAAAAGAAAAAUCAUCUCUUGCCCAAUCAGUGGACAGCAGGUUGCUCGGUAUUUAGACUGUUUUACUGUUUUUCUUUCCCACUCAGGAAAAGGUUGGGUUGUUCACAGGAAUGUGCUUGACCCACCUAAUACAAAUAAAAGCUGGUGAGGAUUCAGGGCACGCUGCGUUUCCUCGGUACAUGGCCACGCCGUACAGUAGCUCCCUCUGGGCUGACUUUCUAAGCACACUAACCAGCUGCGGAGUAUUCCUCGGGUGCUAAAGGCUUCUUUUCCCUGAGCAGUUUGUAACCACAGGCCGUAUGUGCUGCCUGCUCCCAGUGGGAAGUUAUUAAUCCGAUUUCUCUGUUGUGCUCGAGUCUCCGGAUGCUUUCUGCAUGGUGAUGGGUAUGUUGCCACCGCGUCCGAUGAGGCAGACGGGCACGAAGUCACACAUGGAUUUAAGUCUGAGCUAGGCUUUGUCUGGUGUGAAAUGUUUUAAAACAAGAUCUUUCAAAGACCACAGCACACCGCAUGGAGCCCAAAGCCAGCUCCCACUGACAACAUUUGUAAACUGGAGCUUCCAGAAAUGCCACAAAGCGCUUCCCCCCAGCCUAGGAGGGGCUUGGACAAUAAGAAACGUCACAGCUUUGACCUUUGCUCUGUAUUGCACAAGAGCUUGGCACAGAAGCCGAAUUCCUAGGGCAUCACUUGGCUCUCCUACCAGAGAGGUAUGAUACCUUACUAGGAUGUCGACCUCCUCCUGCUACAGAGUAUUGCCCGAGUUAGAGAGGACAGAACAACUUCCCUAGGCCAUGAGGCAGAGGUGCCACCCUUCAGCCUUUCACCCCACCAGUUAUCGGGGAGUUACGGUGUGAGGCAGGGUCCUCUGGAAAAAGAACAAUGUGUGCUUGUCAAAUCCAAAGUGCGUCCGCCAGGUGGUAGAAAUCAAGGCUGUCCGGGUAUCUGGCCUUCAGACCUUUCUGGGCACUUACAAGCAUGCAGGCAAACCCUCCCCUGUCUCACCAGUGUGUUGAGCUGUCUAUAAAAACUAUUUGGCUGCAAGUUUUUGAAGGCUGGACGUGCCCAGUGGGUGUGGAGGAGUCUGAUGUGAACACGGAGCAGAAACCUGAACAGAAAGGGGAGGAGGCAACAACGGUGGAAGCAAAAAUACUUCAGGCUUGAAAGCGUGCCAAGGACAAAAACUGAUUGCAGGAAAUGUUUCUGCCCCAGCGUGGUGUAGGAUUUUUUUUUUUUUUUUCCCCUCUCUUGUUAAAGACCUUGAAUUGAUUGUGCCAGUAGCAGGGCCAGGGUCCCGUUGCUCUCCUGUCCCACUGUUGGCAGCAGGGCGUGUGAAGCCAGCCGCAAUAACCGGAGGGCUGCUGAGGGCUCCUUCAUCUGGAGGAAGCGGUGUGGUGCCAGCCUGGGCUGGUUUCUGUGAUUACGUCCCUGCGGGUGUGUCAGUUAAAACCCCGCACGGGAGCGGUGCACUGCAGACAAAUGUGAGCGGAGCAGAGCCGGAGCAGUCGUUGGUGUCAGCUGAGAAGAGAUGGCCUCGGUGUGUCCCCCCGCGGCCUCCACGCAGCCUGCCUUGCCCUCCGGACCCGCCGUCUUCAAAACAGUCCCCUACGCGUUCAUGCUACCGGAGAUCCUCUGCGGGACCUGGGUGUGGAUCCUCGUCGCUGCUACCUCCGUCUCCCUCCCGCUGCUGCAGGGAUGGGUGAUGUACGUGUCCCUCAGCUCCUGCUUCGUCUCCCUGCUGCUCCUAUUAAUCUACAUCUUCGGCUUUCACAAAAACAGCGAGAAGUGGAAACUGGUGGACAGUUUGUACCACAGUGCCACAGCCAUCCUGUACCUGAGUGCUGCUGUCUUGCAAGCCAACGCGACCAUCCGCUCUGAGUCCGGCCUCAACUUGCCGCUUUACUACCAGCUCAACAGCGCCGCAUCGGUGAGUUGGUCCAGAAAACCCCAGGCAGGCCAGAGCACCCACAGUUCCCCUCGGGGAAAUGCAAGAGCAAAUAUUAAAGCUGGAGCAGAGCCAUCACAAGCCUGGCAGCAUCACACUAGUCAGAGCUUCAGCAUCUCGUCUCUGUUGCGUCGUGCAGCCAGUGCGGGCUGCUCAGGGUCCAGCAGCUCACAGACAGCCUUGCGGGGCUGCCUCCUGGGAAAUGGGGAGGGCUUUGCCUCUUCUUUGAGGCUGGAAAGAGGUCUAGGCUGGGAGGUUUCCUCAGGUUGAGAGCACCAGAGGAGAUGG